AUGAGCAUAUACUACGAAAAAGAAUAUAUAGAUAAGGAAAAGAAAAAGGAGGGAAAUAUGUUUAUCGACGAUGAAAAUAAAAGCGAAGAAAAUUAUGUAUUUAUAGAUGAAAAAUAUAAAGAAUAUUUUGAUAAUAUAAGUGAUAUGUUUGAAGAAAAAGUUGACUAUAUUUUAAAAAAACAUUUUAAAAAAAAUGAUCCAACAAAUAAAAAUAAAUUAUUAUGUUUAAAUGCUUGUGUUUUAUGGAGAAAAAAAUUUUUACAAUUACUUGGGAAAUCAUUAACUGAAUAUGAUGAAUAUUGUAAAACAAAUGAAAAAAAAAAAAAAAAAGAGGAGACAAGCCAAAACACAAAAGAUAUAAAUCAAGAAAAAGAAACCGAAAUAAAUAAAGAAGAACAAAAAUAUAAAAAUGGGAUUGAAAAAGAAAUGAACAAAGAAUCUGAAAAUGGUGGAAAGAAAGAAAUAGAGAAUGUCGAAAAAAUAAAUAUAAAAAAUAGUGAAGAAAAAGAUCUUAAAAGUUUUAUAAAAAACGUAAAAAUUGUAGAUAAUAAAAAUAUAGAAGUUAUAUAUGAUUUUAAUGAAGCAAAUGAAGAUAAUAGACCAUGUGCAGAAUUAUCAACAGAUGAAAUAUAUUAUUUACUUGUUGAAUCUAAGAAAAGUGAAAAUGAAUAUAAAAAAAAAAUUUUUACAUUUUUAAAAUAUUUGCCACUAUUUAUUAAAUCUAUUGAAAAUAAAAGUAUUAUGGAAAAAAAUAUAUUAGAAGAAAAACUUUUAAAUAAUUUUUAUGAACAGAAUGAGAUUCAAAAUGAAGGAGAAGCAUCUAAUGUUAAUGAGAAUAUUCCAAUUUUAGAAAUAAAAAAUAAACUAGAUGCAAUAAUUAGUUUUAAUUGUAAUUUAUCUGAAAAUUUAGAAACAGUAUUUAAUAAUGGAAUAGACCUAAUAAAUAAUGAUAAAAAUAAUAGCAAUUCUGCAAAUUUUUUUCAAUAUAAAUUUGAUACAUUAAAUGAAAAUGAAGAUAAUUAUAUGAACAAUCAUAAGAAUGAUAACGUAUAUGGAUCAAACAAUAAUGAUAAUGCAGAUUUAAACAAUUUUGAAAAUAUGGCUAACAAAUGUUUUAAUCAAAAAACAAAUCAAUCUUUUAUAUUACCUUUAUCAAGAGUUAACGAUUUAUCAUUGAUAAACAAUAUAAAUUUAAAAUCGAAUAUUGGAUUAAAUGAUGAUAAUAAUAAAAAUGAUUCACAUUUUUAUAUCUACAAAAAUGAUAUGAAUAAGAUUAAUAUAUAUGGCCUAGAUAUGCUCAUUAAUUUGAAUAACGAUUUAAUAUAUAAAAUUAAUCAUGUUUAUAGUUUAAUACAAUUUUAUACUAUUUUAGCUAAAGACAUAUUUAAUGACACUUGA